AUGCAAGGGUCCGAAUCCGGCCUCCAUGCGAGGGGUCUCGCAGACGGCCCCUUUUUACCGUCAAAACUGCCAGAUUUUCAGGCGAGUGUCAAACUGAAGUACGUUAAAUUAGGCUACCAUUACUUGAUUACCAAUCUUUUCACUCUUUCUCUCCUCCAUCUCAUUGUUGUCACCGCCGUCCACGCCACCCAACUGAAUCUUGAAGAUGUCAAGAACCUCUACGCUCACCUGCAAUACCACUUCUUUGCCGUCUUUGCCGUGACUUGUACGGCCGUGUUCGGGUUCACAACCUACCGUACGACCCGACCCACACCCGUUUAUCUCGUUGACUAUUCUUGCUACCGACCGCCGGACCACCUGAAAGUCCCAUACCACGUGUUUAUGGACCAUUCGAAACUUCACGGCGCCUUCAAAGAGCCGUCGCUUGAGUUUCAACGUAAGAUUCUUGAACGUUCCGGUCUCGGAGAGGAAACUUACCUCCCGGCUGCGCUUCAUGCCAUCCCGGCUGUACCAUCGAUGGCAACUGCUAGAGAAGAAGCAGAGGAGGUGAUGUUUGGAGCUCUUGACAAUCUUUUCAAAUCGACGAAAAUCAAUCCGAAAAACAUCGGGAUCUUGGUGGUUAAUUGCAGUCUUUUCAAUCCAACUCCGUCACUAAGCUCCAUGAUCGUUCACAGAUACAAGCUCCGAGGAAACAUUAAGACAUUUAAUCUGAGCGGGAUGGGUUGCAGUGCCGGUGUGAUCGCCGUUGAUUUAGCAAAAGAUAUGCUACAAGUUCACCGAAAUACGUACGCGGUGGUCGUCAGUACAUAG